AUGACAGAGAAACUACUUGAAGAAAAAGUAUUUAGUGCUUAUAUUAAAGCUAGUCAAAUUCUAUCUGGUUGUGAAUUUUCUAUUCUUAAUCCCCAUAAUAACAUGAUAUCUUUCGACCAAGUGAAUCGUUUGGCAUACAAAAGAUUAUCAAGAUCAAAAUGCAUUUCUACGAGAAAACCUGCUCAAUCAAAUGAUGAAAACGAAGACGAAAAUGAAGACGAUGAUGAAGAGGAAGAGGACGAGGAAGAUAAUAAACAAUGCCAAUCUAAAAUGCCAUCUAGUGAAAGCGAUAUUCUAGAUGAAGAUGAUGAACCAAUUCCUAUCGAUGACUUUGAUCUUGAUGUUCUUCCGAAUGUGUCUAGUUCUACCAUUCGAGGAAUGCGCAUUUUUGAUUCGAUCAACAAUUCUCAAUCUGACUCUUUCUUACCCAUUGAGGUGAAUGGUCGCAUCAAAUACAUGCAUAAACAGACCGCGAACUGGUAUUUUUCAAAAACUAAACCUAUAUUGUCUUCUGAUCGAUUGAAAAGGGUUCAACAGACAGUGUAACUUUUUUGAAUUCUUUCUUCCAUAUAUUAUAUCAUAAUUAUACGAAAAAAAUAAAAGUGUAUCCAUUUAUUUCAUUGCUUCAGAUAAUGAACUUACGUCUAGUCGACCUCGCUUUAAUAGUGAAUGUAUUUGCUUAAAAAAUUAUGCAAAAGAAAGAAGAUAAAUAUAUAUAUAUAUGUAUAAACAUAAAUAUUGUCAUGUAAACAUAUUCGUUAAAAGUAAAGUCAAUUUACUAUGAAAUAUAUCCUUAUCUUUUUUUUCUAAUCUGACUUAUUGUUUCAGCAAUGUGGUUACUAAGGAUCCUUCUUUCGGUUUAGAAAACGACUGGAAUACACAGAAUGCAAGUUCUUCAGAUGUCCAUUAUUUGUUGCAUAAAAGAUAACCAUCGCAAUAAAUUCACAAUGUCAUCUAUGAGAGCGAAUCAGAUGCAUUAUUUUUAAUCACACAAACUCAUUUUGAAUCACUAAACUCAGCUAAACUCAUUUUAAAUCAGAUAAAUCAGCUAAACUCAUUUUAAAUCAGAUAAAUCAGCCAAACUCAUUUUAAAUCAGAUAAAUCACUCAAACUCAUUUUAAAUCAGAUAAAUCAUUCAAACUCAUUUUAAAUCACAAACUCACAACUCGUCGUUUCCCCCUUGACACCCAUCCACCCACACAUCCACACCCGAACCCACACCCGCAAUCACCCACACCCACAUCCACACCCACAUCCACACCCAUCAAGGG